UGCUGAGCCUGAAGGGCGGGGCUUAGCCGAGUCGAUGAUGUCCACCUCCUCGGUGGUUGACGAGUAGAGGGAAAAAAUUACAUCUAUAUAUGUAUAUACACCCAUUUUGUGUGGAAUUAACGUUGAGUUUUGAAGCGAAGAAGAGUAUUUGGAUGGUUCGAAAGUCAACUCGGAUCUCCCCUGUAAUGGAGGCCAUGGCCGUGAGCACAUCUGCACAGGGUACGGAUGAGUUUGAUCGCAACGCCCCGCGGAUCUGCGGCGUCUGCGGAGACAAGGCCACCGGAUUCCACUUCAAUGCCAUGACCUGCGAAGGCUGCAAGGGUUUUUUCAGGCGCAGUAUGAAGCGGAAGGCCAGUUUCACUUGUCCCUUUAACGGCAGCUGCACUAUCACCAAAGACAACCGCAGACACUGCCAAGCCUGUCGCCUCAAGCGCUGCGUCGACAUCGGCAUGAUGAAGGAGUUCAUACUGACUGAUGAGGAAGUGCAGAGGAAGAAGGAGCUGAUCCUGAAGAGAAAGGAGGAGGAGGCGAUGCGGGAGGCGCAGAAACCUCGGCUGACCGAGGAGCAGAACCAGAUCAUCAACACGCUGGUGGAGGCACAUCACAAGACCUACGACGACUCCUACUCCGACUUUGUGAAAUUCCGACCCCCGGUGAGACAGGGUCCAGUGACACGCAGUGCCAGUCGUGCUGCAUCUCUCCACUCGCUCUCAGAUGCCUCUUCAGAUUCACUGAAUAACUCACCAGAGUCUAUGGACAAAAAGCUCAGCAGUCUCUUCUGCAUGUCUCAGGACACCGUUAUGAGCCCAGAUUCCAAGGAUGAAAACUCCCGCCUCUCCAUGCUGCCCCACCUGGCUGACCUCGUCAGCUACAGCAUCCAGAAAGUGAUCGGCUUUGCCAAGAUGAUCCCAGGCUUCAGGGAUCUGACUGCAGAAGAUCAGAUUGCUCUACUGAAGUCCAGUGCUAUCGAGAUCAUCAUGUUGCGCUCCAACCAAUCCUUCAGUCUGGACGACAUGAGCUGGAGCUGUGGAGGACCUGACUUUAAAUACUGCGUUAACGACGUCACCAAGGCUGGUCACACUCUGGAGCUGCUGGAGCCGCUUGUGAAGUUUCAGGUGGGGCUGAAAAAACUCAACAUGCAUGAAGAGGAACACGUGCUGCUAAUGGCCAUCUGUCUCCUCUCUCCAGAUCGUCCCGGCGUGCAGGACCACGUCCGUAUCGAGUCGAUGCAGGAGCGUUUAUGUGAGACACUGCAGGCAUAUAUUCGUGUGAACCACCCGGGCGGGCGGCUGCUCUACGCCAAGAUGAUCCAGAAGCUGGCCGACCUGCGCAGCCUGAACGAGGAGCACUCCAAGCAGUACCGCUCGCUGUCCUUCCAGCCUGAGCACAGCAUGCAGCUCACACCGCUCGUGCUCGAGGUGUUCGGCGGCGAGGUGUCUUAGCGGCCAGGAUUUAGAGGUGUCCCACAGUGCCAGUGCCAUGAAGAAGGGUGGGGGUGCAAGAGCAUGGGGCAGAGGUGGGCCAGAGGACAUCUGGAGGAGUACUAUUAUAGCAGACUGUAUGUCUGUGUGUGUGUGCGUGUGUGUGUGUGUGUGUGAGAGAGAGAGAGAGAGAGAGAGAGAGAGUAUGAAAGUCAAAGUGCGUACGUGUGUGUCUCCAGGGCAGGAGUAUGCCGGGGGAUGACUGGUAUCCCAUUUUGGGGAAUUUGUAGAGGUAUUUGUGUGUGUGUGUGUGUUUGUAUGCAUGUGUGUGUGUUUGUAUGCGUGUAUGUGUGUGUGUGUGAGGAUGGAGGGUCACACGUGUUAAAUCCAGAGUAUGGGAAGCUAAAGGGAAUAUUAAGAAUGUACUUUAUGCAUAUAUAUGAACAGAAAUAUAAAUAUAAGCUAAUAUCUAUAUUUAAGAGAGAUACUUUCUACUAAAUCAAAACGUACGGCUGAGUAUUGUAAAAUAGGACUAGUAGGCCUCUUUGGUUUGAGCGAGUGUGUGUGCGUGCUUGUGCAGAGAGAUGUGUUUUGUUGUGUAUAUGAAAGAAAAGGACACUAACAAGCAGGCACAUACACUGAUCGAAGUGCAGAGGGCGAUCUAUUUUUGAUGUUUGUAUAGAUAGGAUAUUUAAUGACCACAAGAGAGCGAGCCCACCAGUACACACUAGCGCUAAUCUGCUAAUAACAGGCUAAUUACCAUGAUCUAGUCAUUGACACUCGUGUGAUUUGUUACAUUUUUUAAGCACUGUCGAUCUCUAGACUGUUCAUAAUCAACACAAAAGUGCCAAAGGAUUGUAAACUGCUUUUAAGUUGUUUUAAAAGACUGUCAUUCAAUGCGAUUUUCUUUACAUAUAAUUUUAGAUAUUAUUUCAUUUAAAAAGCUCAUUUUAAAGAAAAAAAAAACACUGAUUGGCAACAUUUGCCCUGCUCAAAUCGAUCCGAGCAGCUCGAAUGGUUUUGGAGUCAUGAUUCGAUUCAUGAUUCGAUUCAUUCUUGAUUUCAUUUCGAAUCAGAAAGACAGGGUCUUGAAGUACUUUGUUUGAUUGACACUCCAGGCAAUAAGGUUUGAUACACACACCUGCUAGAUCUAUAAAAAACCUAUACAACUGUACAAGAAAGUCUCUAAACUUACCUUGUACCUCAGGUACAAGGUCGUCAUCUAUCAUAAAUUCCACCUUCUUCUAAAAUGAAUAAACACUAACCACUUCCCUCUUUUUUUCGCAUUGAAAAGGGGAAAAGUGUGUAGAAUGACACAAAGCAAAAACCUCACAGACAAACCAGGCUUGCUGCUAAAGAGCUGCUAUGUAGAGAAGGCCAUGGCCACUCAUCCAGGGGCGGGACAUAUACCUUCAAGAGAUUGGUUAAUUGGUAGAAUUAGUACAGGAUGACUCAUCAAAAAAA